UCAUUGAAAUAAGAUAGAAUAAAAAGCAAUGGAUGAAGAAACAGAAGAUGAUGACUUUGAGUUUGUCCCACUAACCGAAAUUUAUCAUGAGAAAGAUACAUCAAAAUUAAUAAGAAAUAUCAAAGAAAGGGACACAAAUGAAAAUCCUCAGCAUUGGAGUAGAAAAGGGAGGAUAAAAUGGACAUUUACAUUAUUUUUUGGAUGUUUUCUCGCUUACUCAUCACGAACAACAAUGAGUAUUUGUGCAGUUCAAAUCGGAAAAGAUUUAGGAUGGGAUAAAAGAUUAUCAGGCAUUGUAUUAUCUUCAUUUUUCUUUGGAUACAUCCUGACACAAGUUCUUGGUGGAGUUCUAGCUGAUCAUUUUGGAGGUGAACGGAUGUUGUAUAUCUCAAGUGGAAUUUGGUCUGUGGCAACAUUCUCUGUUCCAUUUAUCACAAGAAUAUCCUGGUUCCCAGUCACAAUUGGAAUCAUGUUGGCACAAGUUAUUUCAGGUGCAGCACAAGGCGUACAUUUUCCAGCUAUAGCAAGUCUUCUGUCAAAGUCUGUUGCCAUCGAGAAUCGAAACACAGUUUUUAGCUUCGCUGCUUCUGGUACAGCUGUUGGAAUGAUAUUUUCUGGUCUAGCUGGAUCAGUACUACUCGGUUUUUCUGGAUGGCGGAGUGUUUUUUUUCUUACUGGCGGUCUUAGCAUCUCUUGGGCACUUCUGGUUGGUAUUUUGAUAUCACGAGAAAAUGUUUAUAAAGAACGUGAGAUAGCAAGUUUUGAUAAGAGAGAGUCUGUGCCCUGGGGAAAGUUCCUUUGCUCAAAACCAUUUUGGGCGUUAAUGAUAUGUGCUACAUGCGAAUCGUUAGUAUUUACAAAUUUGUUGUCAUGGUUACCGACGUAUUUUCAUGACGAAUUUCCAGAAAGCAAGGGUUGGUUAUUCAACGUGUGUCCAUGGAUUGCAAGUUUUGUUCUACAAAAUGUGUGCGGUAUGCUUUCGGAUAGAAUGGUAGUUGGAGGUGUAUCAAGAACAAAAGUGCGCAAGAUAUUUGUGAGUAUGGCCUUAAUCUCCACGACGGUAUUAUGCUUGAUAUUGAAUCAGGUGACUAGCUUUUCAUUGGCUUUGCUUUUAAUGACAUCUAUCAUUGGUUUACUUGGUUGCAACAGCAGCGGCAUUGGGAUGAAUCCACAAGAUUUAGCGCCUAAACACGCAGGGUCGUUGUUCGGAAUCAUGAACACUUUAGGAGCUAUCUCAGGUAUGGCAGGAGUGUAUUUGACUGGUCAUAUAUUACACACGACCAAGCAAUGGUCAUCCGUUUUUCAUAUGACGUCAGCUGUGUCAUUAAUUGGCGCUGUUUCUUUUCUGCUAUGCGGGACUGGUAGACAGAUUGGCUAAGUGAGACAAAUCACGAAUGUGUGGUCACAAAAGUUAGUUAUCAUCUUUUUUAUGUUCAUUUAGUUUUGUAGAAUUUUUACCACAUUUUCUUUGACGAUGUUUAGCAGACGUAUUUAUACAUAGUUUUUUAGGAUCAAUUAAUAUUGAAAUUUUAAAAAUUGAUUUACAUGUUAUUUACCGAGGUUUUAUUUCAUGCAUUAAAAAAAGCAGAAAAAAAUAUUUUACUUAAUUCUUAUUAUGCAUUUUUAUAUUUAUUUAUCUUGAUAGAAUUUAUUUAUUUAUUCCUGCAUACUCCACUGCGUUUUGCCAUCCUUGAGCUCUUCUUGUUGAAGGGCAAAAGCCUUCGAAAGCUUUUACAAAGAAAAUUUUGCGAAUAUGGAAAUGAAUUUUCGCGAAACACAAAUUAUAUUUUGCUCGCGAAUCGAAUAGAUUUCGAUUUGUCUCGAGAAAUGGUUUUAGUGUAUAAAUGAUAAAUUUCGUGAAUUAGGUGCCCUGAAGGAUUUCCCCAGUAUCAAUUUCGCAAAAUGAACGAAAAAAUCUUGCCCUAAAGCUAAAUCUCCACUGGACGAUAUUCGCGAUGAUUUUUGUGACGAGAAGUAGAAACCAAUUCAACUUUUCGUCAUGACGAAAAUCGCGACCAAUCAAAUUCGAGUAUAAUGACAAUCGUCGUAAAAAUCGUCCCGUGCAGAUUCGCCUUAAGAUUACUGCGGUAAAAUUAUUAACGCAUGUAAAAAAAAGUGUGUUUAAGUAUAACAAAGAACGCAGUCAAGUUUGUCGGUUGUUAUUUAUAACUAUAGCCUCUUAUAUUUUAUUGUCAUUUUGGUAGUUUUUACCAAUCUUCGAAGACCAACGUUUUUUUAACCUGGGCUUAGGCUUUUUAGUAAGAGAGCCCCCUACAAUUUUUAGUAACGUAAUUUUAGGGGUUAUUAUGAGGGGGGGGGGGGUUAUUAUGGGCAGGGUGAGUUUAUUUUAAAUUUAUGGGGUAAGGUGGAUGUGUUAGGAAACUUUGUGCAGGAUAAAUAUAACACAGACAUAAUAAUAAAAAAUUGUAUUUUUUUCAAUGAAUUAUAUAAAUACAUAUUUGA